UUGCCUUGUCUCAGAUUCAGAUUCAGAUUCAGAAUUCAGAUUCUUAUAAUCAUCGAUGGCAGCCAACAUCGCGCUCCGUGGCGUGCGCGUGCUCGACCUGUCGCGCGUGCUCGCAGCGCCGUUCUGCACAAUGCUGCUGGGCGAUAUGGGAGCCGAUGUCAUCAAGAUUGAGAGCCCGAACGGCGGCGACGACACGCGCAAGUGGGGCCCGCCGUUCGCUGCUCCGGCCGUGAAGCGCGACAAUCACCAAGUGCCCGUCCGACAGCCAGAGAGUGCUCAGCAUACAUCUGCUGUGGGACAAGCCGACGCAUCUGCACCGGCGGCAGAGUCGGCGUACUUUCUGGCGGCCAACCGAAACAAGCGGAGCGUCACUGUGAAUCUGAAAUCCGAGCGAGGCGUCCAGAUUGUGCGCGAGCUCGCGGCAACUGCGGAUGUGCUGGUCGAGAACUUUCUGCCUGGCAAGAUGGAGCAGCUCGGACUCGGGUACGAAGGUGUCCUGCAGCCGUUGAAUCCGCGGCUUGUCUAUUGCUCGUUGACCGGAUUUGGCCGCCAUGGGCCGUACCGAGACCGUGCUGGCUACGACCUCGUCACCCAAGCGAUGGGAGGUUUGAUGCACAUCACCGGCCAACCUGGGAGCGGUCCCGUCAAGGUUGGCGUGGCCAUUACCGAUCUCGCGACGGGGCUUUUCGCCCAUGGCGCGAUUCUGACCGCCCUCCUUGCGCGCACCCACACAAACCGCGGACAACGCGUGGACUGCUCACUCAUGUCAUCCACCGUUGCCUUGCUGGCGAAUAUCGGAUCGAAUUACUUGAUUGCAGGCAAGGAGGCAAAGCGGCUCGGCAACGCGCACCCCAGUAUUGUCCCAUACCAAAGUUUCCAGUCGUCCGAUGGCGAGUUUGUCGUGGCGGUGGGCAACGACGCGCAGUUUGUCGCGUUCUGUCGCGUUCUGGGUCUGCCAGACCUUCCACGGGACUCGCGCUUUGCCAAAAAUGCCGAUCGCGUCGCUCAUCGCGAGGUUCUCAUUCCGCUCAUCGCAGCCAUGCUCCGAACGCAGCCUACCGCGCACUGGAUGGAUGCGUUAACACGCGAGGAUCUUCCGUGCGGUCCUAUCAACAAUCUGCAGCAGGUCUUUAACGACCCGCAUGUCUUGGCAACUGGGUUGAUUCAGCAAGUGGAACACCCGACAGUCGGACGAAUUUCACUGACCGGCUCGCCAGUCCAAUACAGCGACACACCAGCACGGAUAGCGUUGCCUCCGCCCACGCUCGGGCAGCACACCGAUCAAAUUCUCGCUGAGGUACUCGGAUAUACGCCCGAGCAAAUCGCAGCGUUGCGGCGUGACAAAGUCAUCUGAGCCCUGCUGGUGUCAAAAAAACGUUGCUUUGUUUUGUAGUCAAACAACAUACAGUAAAAGUGAUUGUAUCAAAGAAAAGAU